UAAAGUCUCAACAGUCGCAUCAAAUUGUCUGCAAAGUUUUCAGAAAGACUGAAAACUACUUUAAUGAACCUGCAGAAUCGUCAAGUGGCCUAGGGAUUGUAGUCGCAAGUGAGUUAGAUGAAGAAAUGGUAACAGUUCCUAUCGAAGACAUUGAUUUCAAAUACUUUUGUAUUCCUAUCGAAGAGAAAUAUUUGCUAAUACCACUUUUACACCAUCUUUUUAACACAUUUUCCCAUUAACCACUGAUUUGCACAUUCCACUUUCAAUUCCACAACUUUCAAAUUUAAUAUACAAUUUUGGUUUUACUAAUAUAACCAAAACUGUAUAUAAAUGCAAUAUAAUAAAAAACAUAAUAACAAAUAUAAAACAUCAUAAAAAAUAUACAGUAUUGUUCAUAUGUUAAGCAACAAACUCCAAAUGCAAUAUGUUGAACGACAUUUUAACAAUACUGUAUAUUUUUAUGAUGUUAACCUAAUAUAAUUAAUAAAAUAUAAUAUAAUAAUAAUAUAAUUAUUAUAUAUACAAAUGAGUAACAUAUUCGAGACGCAAGAUGAAGGUGUAGAGAUUCCAAUCGUUGAGAGGAUUGAGCGGCGCCAAUAUUCAGUGGGAAUAUCAAGAACGCAACAAAACUCAGAUAUACUUGAAGCGUUAAAAACGAUCAUUGCGGGCCAAAAGAAUAUUCAGGAAAGGCUGGAAAAAUUGGAGGAAAAUAUAUGUAUAACUUUGCAGAACCAAAAAACGCUUAGUGAAGGCCAAUCGUCACUGGUUCACAACCAAACUGCAAUAUUUGAAAAACUGAAUGAGAUGGAGUCGAAAAUUGUCGAAAAGGCUGAGGUUUUGGCGCAAAAUAAGUCAAUCAGAGAAUGCAAAGUUCUCUUAAAACGAGUUGAGCAGUCAGUGUGCCGCAUGACCGGCGAAGUGACUGAUAAAGAGCUGGACGACGUCGCUAGCACUUUUCCGAUGGAGUCGCAAGCAACAGUUGCGGAAGUGGAAGAUAGACUGCAAAGCCAAGACUAUGCCCAAACAAUGGUAACCUAA